AAUGGCAGGAGGUAGUUCGUAUAGCAUCGUGGAAUAUUUUGGUGGAGACGGUGGACAUCGUUGUGGUUACUGUAAAAAUGAGAGAGGGAACUUUUCUCACGGGAUGUGGGCCCAUACGAUGACUGUGCAGGACUAUCAGGACCUUAUUGACAGAGGCUGGAGGAGAAGUGGCAAGUACAUUUACAAGCCUACUAUGAACAAGACUUGCUGCCCACAGUACACAAUCAGGUGUCAUGCCUUGAAUUUCAAGCCAACCAAAACCCACAAGAGGGUGCUGAAGAAGAUAAACAAAUUUCUCUCCAAAGGGGAGAUGCCAGAGGCUGGGAAUAACUGUGAAACUGUUGAUUCUGUGUGUGAGGAGGUUGAGGGACUGCCUGAAGGCCAAUUACAAUUGAAGCACUGUGUAAUAGACGCUCCUAUCACCCAAAAACAGCAAUGUGACACCAAACCAGCUGAGUCAGGAGUGUCCAUAGAGGAACCAGCUACAUCAUCAUCUGGACAUGGUUUGAGGGUGAUUCCUAAACCAGGAGUCGGAGCUGAUCCCAACAGGCCUUUAUGUCGGAAGGCUAAGGACAUCCGCAAGGAACGUCGACUACAAAAGAAACAACUGCAGCAGCAACAAGGCCUAACUCCCACAAUGCCUGAUUUCACCCCUUCUACCUCUGUGUCCAAUCAGCCCAAAACGUUGGAGGACUUCAUUACUGAGUUUCUUCCUGAUGAUUCCCUUCACCAUUUAGAGGUGAGGCUAGUGCCUGUCAGCUUCGAUGACCCUCAGUUUGUGGCAUCCUACCAGCAGUCAGCUGCACUCUUCAGCCGCUACCAGAUGGCUGUCCAUGGUGACACUCCGUCCGAAUGCGAAGAGAGUGAGUUUCAAAGAUUCCUUUGUGAUUCACCACUUGAGGCGGAGACUGCCCCAGAUGGACCAGAGAUGGGCUAUGGCUCCUUCCACCAGCAGUACUGGCUUGAUGAUCGUAUUGUGGCAGUGGGCGUGGUCGACAUCCUGCCCACCUGCGUCUCCUCUGUGUACCUCUAUUACCAUCCCGACUUCGCCUCUCUCUCCCUGGGCUCUUACUCUGCACUGAGGGAGAUUGCUUUCACAAGACAGUUGCAAAAACAGUCACCCAAGCUCUCCUUCUACUACCUGGGCUUCUAUAUCCAUUCCUGUCCUAAGAUGCGUUACAAGGGCCAGUAUCGACCUUCAGAUCUCCUGUGCCCAGAGACAUAUGCAUGGGUGCCCAUUGAAAGAUGCAUCCCCUGCCUUGAGACGUCUGCAUAUGCACGCUUCAGUCAAGAUGCUGAAACAGGAGAUGCUGGCGCAUUAAAGGACUUGGGCAGAGUGUUGGUGCUGUACAGACGGACUGCCAUGCCCUACUCUGCCUAUGUCCGCAAGCGGAAAGGUGGCAGUGAUGAGAAAGAAGUGGAGCAGUAUGCAGGUCUGGUGGGCCAGACAUGUGCAGAAAGAAUCUUAUUGUACCGGGCAUAGAUCACUCUCUCACUCUCUCACACUAAUUCACUCACUCACUCA